AACUGUACCGGUUGGAAAACACUCCUUCCUUUAUUUAUUUAUUUAUUUUAAAAUAAAAACUUUAUCACUGGUCUAAAAUGUACAUUUAAAAUAUUAAGAAUUGUGUCUAAAUAAAUAAACACUUUUUAUAAGUAUUUUCAAACUUAGUUUCAUCUGCAUAUCAUAAAUUAACAAAUGAGCCACCACCUUUUCCUGGGGACUUAUUUUGCAGGAGCUCUUAGAUAGCUUUCAACUUCUAGGCGAGUUCCACCAAUUUUUAGGUUAUUUUCUUUUACAAAUGAAGCACGAACCAGCGAUCACAUAAAAAUAAAUAUUAAAAGGUAAAAAACAUAAAGGAAAAUGACAGAGAACCACGUGUCCGGGAUGGAGGCUUCGGCCGUGUCAGUUCUGAAACGAGCCGUGGAGCUGGACAACAGCGGCCGCUUCCAGGAGUCUCUGGUCUGCUACCAGGAGGGAAUCCAGCUGCUCUUAGAUGUGUUGAAAGCUUUGAAAGAUGACUCAAAGAGAGGACACUACAGGGAAAAGAUCAAGGGCUACAUGGACAGAGCAGAGCAAAUCAAAUCUCAUGUUAACCAGAUGAAAGAAGAUGGGAAAUAUCACGAGCAGAUAAAGAUCUCGGAGGAUGCCACAGGCUACAGCUAUGAGGUUCUGUUUAAACCGUACAUCAGCAGCGCUCUCUCUGAGAUCUGGGUGGAGGACCCAUACAUACGUCAUACCCACCAGUUGUACAACUUCCUACGGUUCUGUGAGAUGUUGCUAAAAUCGUGCGGCAAGGUGAAAACGAUCCACCUCCUCACAUCCCAGGAUGAAGGUGAUAACACCCAGCAGAACAGCGCUCUGUCCGAGUUGAGGGACAGUCUGGGGGGUCAUGGGGUCACUCUGGAUGUUCAGUACUCCUCCACCAUCCAUGACAGGGAGAUCAGGUUUGACAAUGGUUGGAUUAUAAAAAUUGGAAGAGGGUUGGAUUACUUUAAGAAGCCUAAGGGCCGAUUCUCUAUCGGAUAUUGUGACUACGACCUCAGACUCUGCCACGAGACUUCUGUUGACAUUUUCCACACCAAACACACAAAAACUCUAUGAUAUUCAUCCUGCUCAAAAUAACAUUUUCCUCUAACUUCAGAGGUUGACCUCAAAAACUAAACCGAAACACAUCUGCAGCGAUUUUAAUUUUGCCUUAACAUGCAGCUUCUCCCGCUGGGUUUUUCUUGCACUGGUGUGUCCUAGCCAAAGUUGACAGGACUAUUAAAACUUUCUUUACUUUAAGAAGUUUUUUUGAACACCUGCCUCUCUUUUUACACCUGUACAUUUCUUCUGUAACUAUGGUCGUAUUUAUUUAAGGAUGCUUUUAUGAAUCUUGUAUGAAUGUGUGAUGGCAUAAGCUGUUAAAAUGCUUUAAUACAUUUUCUGAAAAUAAUUAAAAUGUUCUUUUACUGAUCUAUAAA